CUUCUAGUGCUUCAGAGACAUAACAGUCCAGCAUGUCAGGAGGUACUCCAGGACCACAUGAAUGCUCCAGUCCACUUGGGGGCGCCUUUAUUCAAAUAACUAUAACAGUGUUUCUGAGGUUCUUUACUGCCAUGAAGUAGAAAAAGAUGGCGUUUUGAAAAUGGACAAGCAUAGAUGAAGAUGAAGCAUAUAUCUAUCCGAAAUCAAAACGCUGUGUUUGUCAGUAAUUCGUGUUGAGACCGAGUGAGAAGCAGAGUUCUUUUCAUUCGUUUGGGACCGAGUUAAUGUUACUGGAUGAGCAUGUCUCUUGCACAGCGAGUGCUCCUCACCUGGAUCUUCAGCCUCAUCUUCCUCAUCAUGCUGGUCCUCAAAUUGGAUAAGAAAAUCCAAUGGAACUGGUUCCUCGUCUUCCUUCCCGUCUGGACCUUUGACACCAUUCUCCUGCUCAUGCUCAUUGUGAAAAUGGCCGGCCGCUGUAAGCCGGGCUUCGACCCACGCAACGCAGCCGACAACCUGAAGAAGCGAGUUUGGUACCUGGUGGCCAUUUUGUUGAAGCUAGCGUUCAGUCUGUUGCUGUGUGCCAGGCUGGAGCAUCUGACUCAGAUAUACCUGAGUUUAAUUUGUAUUCCUCUGUGGGCUCUUCUUAUCGGAGCCAUGGUGGAGCUCGGCUACAACGUCUUCCACUUCUGAAGAGACUGAGCAGGAAGACACUGAUUGAACAGGAAGUUGUAAAUAUAAUUUGUGUAAUAUACAACACACUUAAGUGUUCAUGUGGAUUAGAAUGACAACUCUUCCUAUUCCUAAAGACUGAAAAGCUUAAUUAGUGGAUACACAGGUGACUGAUGAUGAUUUAUCUUGUGGAUACCAGAUAGCAGGUAAUACAUGCCUGCAUUUCUCUCUCUCUCUCGUGUCGCUCGCUCGUCUCUCUCUCUCUCGUGUGUCUCGCUUGCUCAUCUCUCGUGUAUGUCUCUUGCUCGCUCGCGUGUGUCUCUCCUGUGUCUCUCUCGUCUCGCUCGGGUGUCUCUCCUGUGUCUCUCUCGUCUCGCUCGGGUCUCUCUCCCGUGUCUUUCUCUCCCCCGUCUCGCUCGUGUCUCUCUCCCGUGUCUUUCUCUCUCCCGUCUCGCUCGUGUCUCUCUCCCCCGUCUCUCUCCCGUGUCUUUCUCUCCCCCGUCUCGCUCGUGUCUCUCUCUCCCGUCUCGCUCGUGUCUCUCUCCCUUGUCUUUCUCUCUCCCGUCUCGCUUGUGUCUCUCUCCCCCGUCUCGCUCGUGUCUCUCUCCCGUGUGUCUCUCUCCCCCAUCUCGCUCGUGUCUCUCUCCCGUGUCUUUCUCUCUCCCGUCUCGCUCGUGUCUCUCUCCCCCAUCUCGCUCGUGUCUCUCUCCCGUGUGUCUCUCUCCCCCGUCUCGCUCGUGUCUCUCUCCUGUGUCUCUCUCCUGUGUCUUUCUCUCUCCCGUCUCGCUCGUGUCUCUCUCCCCCAUCUCGCUCGUGUCUCUCUCCCGUGUGUCUCUCUCCCCCGUCUCGCUCGUGUCUCUCUCCUGUGUCUCUCUCCUGUGUCUUUCUCUCUCCCGUCUCGCUCGUGUCUCUCUCCCCCGUCUCGCUCGUGUCUCUCUCCCGUGUCUUUCUCUCCCCCGUCUCGCUCGUGUCUCUCUCCCGUGUCUUUCUCUCCCCCGUCUCGCUCGCGUCUCUCUCCCCCGUCUCGCUCGCGUCUCUCUCCCCCGUCUCGCUCGCGUCUCUCUCCCCCGUCUCGCUCGCGUCUCUCUCCCCCGUCUCGCUCGCGUCUCUCUCCCCCGUCUCGCUCGCGUCUCUCUCCCCCGUCUCGCUCGCGUCUCUCUCCCCCGUCUCGCUCGCGUCUCUCUCCCCCGUCUCGCUCGCGUCUCUCUCCCCCGUCUCGCUCGCGUCUCUCUCCCCCGUCUCGCUCGCGUCUCUCUCCCCGUCUCGCUCGCGUCUCUCUCCCCGUCUCGCUCGCGUCUCUCUCCCCCGUCUCGCUCGCGUCUCUCUCCCCCGUCUCGCUCGCGUCUCUCUCCCCUGUCUUGCUCUCUCUUGUCUCGCUCGCCGCUCUCUCAUGCGUCUCGUCUCACUCGUCUCUCCUCUCUCUUGUGUCUCGUGUGUCUCUCUCGCUCCCGUGUGUGUCUCUCUCAUGUGUCUCUUUGGAUUACAAAAUUUCCUCUUUACCCCAAAUGCACAUGAUCAUCCAGGACCUAUCUGCUGUCUUAGUUUUGCACUGGAUCUGUAAAAUAAUGAUUCUAACCAUUAAGGGAACUUUUAUAGCUACCAUUGUGCACAUCAUGACUAAAAUAUCACUUUUUACCUCAAUUGCCACAAAAUAACACAUGAAGUCUGUCAAAGAACACACCGACCAAUCGAACUGGAUUAUCAUCUGAACGCCUUCUAACUACCGUACAAUCCUACACUUGAUGCAAUCAGCCUGCCUUAUUAACAUAAGUUACCACUGGAGCUCCAUGGCAAAAGAAACCGGCCUUGAAUAUCAAACCUGUCUUGACUGAAUGAUUUUAUGUUUGGGAUAAAAGGAAAAAUGUAUAAUUUAUUUUUGCCUGUUCUUUCAUAGUGUGUGAUUUUUCUCCAUGGAGACAUCUUACGUGUAUUGUAUUUUCACACUUGUUCACUUUAAAUAAUCGUGCAGUCAUCACGUCCACAGUGUCAAAUAGUGUUCUUGAACAGUACAAAAUGCUUCCCUCUUUUAGCAGGAACAGGUUACUUUUUAGUGCUUUGCGUUAAUGUACACUAAACUAACGUUAUUUAUUGCAUUAGUGUUAACAUUAAUGAACCAUAAACUCUCAGCUUUAAUAGAAUCAAAUUAAUAAUUAACACAUGAUAAAUACAAAGCCCCAUGUGAAUCAGAAUCAUGUUUAUUGGCCAAGUAUGUUGACACACACACAAGGAAUUUGCUUGUGGCAGUUGGUGUGUCGCCAGCAAUACAGAAGAGGAAAAAAGUGUGUAUAUAUGUAAUAUAAUGAAAAUGUAUAUGUAAUGUACAGUAUUGACAUUUACACAUUAUAAUAAAUAUGUAAUCUGCAAUAAC